AAAACGAGGCGCGGCACACGCACUAUCCGCCAUUAUUGGCGGUCUGCAGUAUUCUUUAGGAAUUGUUCACGUGAAACGUGUUUGUAGAGUUCUGCAGAAUAAAUCCAUUUAUUUUUACUGACAUUGCAUUCAUACACUUGGAUUUUUCAUCAAAAGACUGUUAACUUUGUCAUACUUGAUCACACUACGGAAAUAUAUUUUUUAAAUUUAGAUUUGUACGGAACUUCAACUAGGUCACAAUUUCGUGUAUGGGAUGUCUGGAUUCAACUUUGAUCACCAGCAACAACAGAGAAUGAAAACACAGAGUACAAACCAGAUUCCUGGGAAAAGGCCUACCAAUCAUGAGUUUGAAUCUUGGCAAAAUCAACAUCAGCAACAGUACAGCAACAUGACAGGUGAUCUAUACAUGCCAACCUAUUAUCCAAAUGUGCCAUUCUCGUACAUGAACCAAGGUCAGGGUGGCAUAGGUGAUAUUACUUGGUCAAACGGUGCAGACCCAAUGACAUUUCUGGGCUCAUAUCCCAAUGAUCAACAAGCACAGUAUGUUACUGAAGGAAUGUUUGGUCAAUCCAAUUUUGGGUACAACCAGCCAGGAUUUAACACGUUCUUUGCGGGUGGUGACUACAAUACUUGGGGUACCCCCCGCCCUGGAAGAGCCACACAUGGAUAUUAUGAUGACUAUUACAACAACAUGCGCAAUGACUAUGGCAUGGCUAAUGGUACAAAUAGAAACGGCUCGGGUGUUAAGCAGAUUGAGCAAGGCAUGGGUGGACUUGGUCUGAAAGAGGGUUCAGACAAGGAAAACCCCUCGUCACCCGACCCAGAACCAGUGAAAUCUGUAACCGGAUGCGGUAGUGCCAGCUCACCAAGCAUAGCCCACAGCCAGCUAUCCCAACCCAAGAAGAUGACUUGGGCAAACAUUGCCAGCCAACCAGCUAAACCUCAGCCGAGGGUCAAGUCGAAGACCAUGCUGCCGGCACCCAUUUUCCCUAAUCGGAAUAUGGACAUUGGUACAUGGGACAGCAAGAGCUCGAUGAUGAAUCGGCCAGUGGGCGGUACUCAGCCUCGCCAGGUUUGGACUUCCCCUCGCGAACGAGGAGUGCAUGCUUCCUCUAACAAUUCUGUGACACCGAUCGUUUUACAAUCUCCCAAUAACAGCAGCCACCCCCGUCAGCAACAACAGCAGCAAGGACGGGAUGCACCUGACCAAUUGCCUCCACAUUCCCCACCUGUGGUUGAGCACAGACGAGUCGAUCCAGUUAUCGAUAAAUUGCUCUCGAUUAAUGAUUACAAUCCGAAAAACUUCAACGCGAAUCCGAAGAAUUCUAGAUUCUUUGUUAUAAAAAGUUACUCGGAAGACGACAUUCACCGCUCCAUCAAGUAUAGUAUAUGGUGCAGCACUGAACAUGGGAACAAGCGCCUCGACACGGCUUUCAAGGAGCGUGACUCGAAGGGCUCGGUGUAUCUUUUCUUCAGUGUGAAUGGUAGUGGGCACUUCUGUGGUCUAGCCGAGAUGUUGACUCCGAUCGAUCAUGACACGAAGAGCAGCGUCUGGGCGCAGGACAAGUGGAAAGGACAGUUCCAGGUGAGGUGGAUCUACGUGAAGGACGUGCCAAAUUCAGCACUCCGGCACAUCAGACUCGAAAAUAAUGAGAACAAACCGGUGACGAACUCACGUGACACACAGGAAGUGCCCGCUGAUAAGGGCAAGCAGGUGCUUAAGAUAAUGUGCAGCUAUCGUCAUACGACGUCGAUUUUUGAUGACUUUAUUCACUACGAGCAGCGGCAGGAGGAUGAAGUAAAGAAGAGGGAUUACCAUGUUGGUGGUCGCUCAGAGAGAAGCGAGAGCACUGACCACAGUGAGCGCAGAGGCCGUGACAAUAGACGAUCUCAAGAGUAGUAGGAGCCUUAGGAAAUGCACUGCAGUGUUAGCUCGCCCACAUCUACAACUUAACAUUGUGAAGUAUAACUCGACACCUAUCAGUUGGUUGUGUACCUACAUCUAACCUUGACUGUAUGACGCAGGUUGUCAUAAUCGGAACUACUUUGCAUUAGUCCUGUCUAGAGCAAAGAAUUUUGACGGAAAACGUGCCAUCUGAUUCUGCAGCAAUUGUCGAAAAAUUUCACUGUCAGGCUAAGUUAUGAAGUUAGUUGUAUUUCCUUAUUGGUAAUGCGGUCAUGACUGAUGUGCCCAGUGGACUAUGAAAUGUAAUGCGUAUUUAUACACAUAUCAACCGACGUGAUACCGCCAAGGUAAUGAAGGAGAGGAGUGGGUUUUAUCCAAGGUUUGCCCAAUGGUGACACUAUUCUACAUCUGCAUCCUCACGUACUACAAUUAUCAUUUGAACUUAUCAUCUGAUGUUUAUGUUUAUAGGGGUAGCUCAAUUUCUGUGUGGCCAGUUUUCCAAUUUACCACAAAUCCGUUAAACCACUAAUAAGCUGGGAAAAUGUACUGUGUUUUUAUUUACAUUUGUUUUAUUUAUAACCAGUUACUAGGUCAGUUAUUAAAGGGGGAGCAAUGGAAGGAGACUGCCAUUCUGCAGGGUAUUAGGUUGUUCAGCUACCAGUUCAAAAGAUCAUAAUUUGCAUACUUGGGAAAACAAAUAUAAUCAAUUCAAAUUUAAUGUAACCAAGCUUUGUUUACACUAUAUCACUAAUUUCACUGGUACUUGUGUAGAACAUACAUUUUCCUGCCCUCGUCUCUCCCCCAGCAAACAAAACAUGGGUUUCUAAUUUUUAUAGAUUACUGGUAAAAAUUAUUUAAAAUCCUGUGGUUGAAAUAUACAGCUAAUCAGUCAUCACUCAUCAGUAUAUGUUAAAUGUAAACGAGUUGUCAAGUUGUUUAUUUAAAGGGGGGUUUUUAAUUACCCAAUUGAAUCUGAGAAACAUACUGUUCUGAAAUCAUGAGUUGCUCUUAUACAAAUGGAUCCUAUAGGACUCAAAAUCGGCAAUCAGCAAUCAGCAAUAAAAAAUCUUGGUAAGGUCUUUUUAUGAUUUAUGAUAAGCUAUUUGACUUGCCAAUAUUAUUUAAAUUUGAUGCAGUAUGGCGAGUCAAAUUGGUUCGUUUUAAUGAAUUUAUAAUGGCACAUUUCCUCCUCCAAUUGGUUCUGAUAUUAUUGUACAUGCGUUGCGUAUUUUCAUCGUACUAGUUGAUGCACCUGCUAAUGCUAGAAUAUGUGUCCAAUUCAAAUAAUGAAGCAUCUCACAUGUCACUAUCAAAUACAGAAUUUGUUUCCACAUGUACCUGUAUAUUUGACAAACUUGCCACAUGCAAUUAGGUAAUGCUGCAAUCCAGUGUGUAGAAUAAAAGUUCUGCAUUUAUUCAGUAUCAUUCCUUGCAUGAAAAUUAUGAAAAAAACGUUCUUAUGUCAGAUUAUUUUUGCAGCAGUAAGCAUUUUAUCCAAAAGCAUGUGUGAUGCAUUAUGAAAGAUUCGUGCAUAGGCAGAUGAAGUUAUAAACUUGUGGUACUUGGCUAAAACUGUGCACAUACGUAUUUACAACUAUACUUUUAUACUAUAGACAAUUUUAAAUUAGUUCACCUGUUUGGCCAAGGCCUUGGAAAAGCGUGUCUAAGGGUGACUACGAGCUAAAUGGUUUCAUAUAAUAUAAACCAUUUGUCAACACUUUAACGUCAUUAUCUUUUUGCGGUCUAUUUCGUAUAUUGUUGGCUAUUGUUUAUGACAGGUGUAGGUUUAAAAUUAUUGUAACCAAGUUUGGUUUAAAAUAAUUUAUUCAACAAUUAAUAUAAAUACAUCUAUACAAGUAAUAUAUUUGAAUCACAUGUUCUUGGUCUGUUUUCAUAUUUAAAUUUAAAACAUUGAAUUUAUUAAGCAGUGGUUGCUAUUCUUUAACCUCAAAGGGAAUUACUGUUAGGAUGAUGUAAUUAAUAAUAUCAGUUUAUCAUAAUCAUAUUGAUUAUAACAUUAUUACGUUCUUUUUCAUGAAUACGCUAAAUGGAAUUACCUUAUUUUGUACGUGAGCCAGAUAACUAGGUUGUAUAUGCUGGGCUAAUAAAUAAUGAAUAAGUAAAUGCUA